AUGUCGCUAAAGUCAAACUCCUCGCGAUACAAUAACUUCAAUGUGUCUUUUCCAGACGAACGCAUCGUUCAGGUCACCCUGAACAGGCCUGAUAAGCUCAAUUGCAUUGAUCAAGCUACGAGCAAAGAGAUUGCUCAAAUCUGGGAGUGGUUCGAUCAGGAUGAGAGUCUAUGGGUCGGUAUCAUCACAGGAAACGAAUGGAAUGAGAUGAACCGACGUGGCAUUGUCAACGAUAUGUCAGCACCCGGCCUUGCUGGCCUGCCACGUAGAGCAGGAAAGAAACCGAUCAUUGCUGCUGUCAAUGGUAUCACCAUGGGCGGAGGCUUCGAGAUGGUCGCAAAUUGCGAUCUUGUAAUUGCCGUCUCCUCGGCCAUCUUCUCGCUGCCCGAAGUGAAGAGAGGCAUCGUACCAGUCGCAGGCUGUCUGCCUCGCUUGACGCGAACCUUGGGUCUUCAACGCACCACCGACCUCGUGCUCACAGGCAGAAACGUAACAGCCAAAACACUUCACGCUUGGGGACUUGUCACUGAAUUGGUUGACUCCGCCGAGGAAGUCGUACAAGCCGCUGUAAAAACUGCUCAGCUGAUGUGCAGGAACAGUCCUGACGCUUUGGUUGUGGGUCGCUUGGGCAUCAGACUGAGCUGGGAAGCUGGUAGUGUCGAGGAUACUGUGAGUACCCUUGCCAACGAGUGGUAUCCACGUCUGAUACAAGGCGAAAACUUUAAGGAGGGCAUCAAGGCGUUUGCAGAGAAGCGUUCGCCAGUCUGGGUGAGCUCAAAGCUGUAG